GCAUAAAAAACGAUCUAAAAUCAAAUUUGAAACAACAAAAAAAAAGUUCAACAAACUCGACCAUCAAACAAUCAAUAAUAUAUUCACCGAAUUCAUUCAGUUUAAUAACAACCAACAACAACAACAACAACAAAAUUUACGUUCCAAUCAUUUUACAUUUGUUCUCUUCGUGUCUUUAUGUGUGUGUGUGUAUGUUUUUUCUGUUAUAAAUUCUAGUUUUUAUUCAUUGUAACAUCCGGUAACGACAACAGAUCGGAAAUAUAAUUAAUAUUUAUCGUAAUUGAUCUGAUAAUAGGAAAUUAAAAAAAAUAAAAUAAAACAAAACUCAACAGAACAGACAAAAAAAUCCACUAUAUAAUAUAAUAGUCAUGAUGUCGACUCAUUCUGGUCAACCAGUUGCCACAACACGUUUCUCCGAUAAUUAUGAUCUCAAAGAAGAGCUCGGAAAAGGAGCAUUCUCGGUUGUACGAAGAUGUGUACAAAAAUCUACAUGCCUGGAAUUUGCUGCCAAAAUAAUUAACACUAAAAAACUUUCAUCUCGAGAUUUUCAAAAACUCGAACGUGAAGCACGUAUAUGUCGUAAAUUGAAUCAUCCAAAUAUUGUUCGUUUACAUGACAGCAUCCAGGAAGAAGGAUAUCAUUAUCUUAUUUUUGAUCUGGUCACCGGUGGUGAAUUAUUUGAAGAUAUUGUUGCACGUGAAUAUUAUUCCGAAGCAGAUGCUUCCCAUUGUAUACAACAGAUAUUGGAAUCCGUUAACCAUUGCCAUAUGAAUAAUGUUGUUCAUCGAGAUCUAAAGCCGGAAAAUUUACUAUUGGCCAGUAAAGCUAAAGGUGCCGCCGUUAAAUUGGCUGACUUUGGCUUGGCCAUUGAAGUUCAAGGUGAACAACAAGCGUGGUAUGGUUUUGCCGGUACACCUGGUUACCUAUCACCUGAAGUACUAAAAAAAGAUCCAUAUGGAAAACCAGUCGAUAUUUGGGCUUGUGGUGUGAUCUUAUACAUUCUAUUAGUUGGCUAUCCACCCUUUUGGGAUGAAGAUCAACAUCGUUUAUAUGCUCAGAUAAAAGCCGGAGCCUAUGAUUAUCCAUCACCUGAAUGGGAUACAGUAACACCGGAAGCUAAAAAUUUAAUAAAUUCAAUGCUAACGGUAAAUCCGGCAAAACGUAUAACAGCAGCCGAAGCAUUGAAACAUCCUUGGAUAUGUCAACGUGAACGUGUUGCUAGUACAUUACAUCGACAAGAAACAGUGGAUUGUUUGAAAAAAUUCAAUGCAAGACGUAAACUUAAAGGAGCUAUAUUGACAACAAUGUUAGCAACGAGAAAUUUUUCCAGUCGAUCAAUCAUCAAUAAGAAAAGUGAUGGUUCACAAGUAAAAGAAAGCACUGAUUCAUCCAACACUACGUUAGAAGACGAAGAUACUAAAGAUUGUCUACUAAAUCAACACGGAGUUGAACGAAGUCGUACAGUAAUAAUGGCCGAUUCAUCACAAGCUCGUCUAUCCAAUGGUGGUGGAUCAUUCGAACCACGAAAACAAGAAGUGAUCAAAGUAACGGAACAAUUAUUGGAAGCAAUCAAUACGGGCGAUUAUGAUACAUAUGCAAAAUUAUGCGAUCCAAAUAUAACAGCAUUCGAACCGGCAGCAUUGGGAAACCUAGUGGAGGGUGUGGACUUCCAUAAAUUCUACUUUGACAAUGUAUUUGGAAAGAAUUGUAAAUCAAUCAAUUCAACUAUAUUGAAUCCAUCGGUUCAUCUAUUGGGUGAUGAUGCCGCCUGUAUCGCCUAUAUUCGUUUGACACAAUAUGUUGACAAACAAGGCGUCGCUCAUACUCAACAAUCGGAAGAGACAAGAGUAUGGUUACGUAAAGAUGGUAAAUGGCAAAAUUGUCAUUUACAUCGUUCAAUGCGUACAGUAUCUGGUCAUCAAUUGGCCUUUUGACCAUCACCAUUACGAAUCAAUGUCGUUGUUAUUAAACCACCACAACCAUAUCGAUGACUUAAAAAGGAACAAUCUAUUUUUGUUGGCAAAUAAAAUGUGUGUGUGUGUGUGUGUGUUUUGAAUUGACAACUUUUUUUUCAUCAAUUUAUCAUCGUCUCACAUACGACAUUUGAUUCAUUUUGGUUUUGAAAUUAGAAUUGUGUGGAAACAAAAAAAAAAUUUUCAAAUUUUAAUCUAAACCAAAUAUACAAAUAGCAAACAUCCAUUCAUCUUUACUCCUGAUAAAUUAAACGAAUUGAAUAAUGAUAAUUAUAUUAAAAAAAAAUCAAACAA